AUGUUGCGCGAAGUCAAGCCCAAAAAUCCGCGCAUCGCGCGCAUUCUCAAGGCGCGGGAACCGCAACUCAUUGAGCCGCCCAAGAAGACGCUCCUGCUGCACGGCGCAAAAUGUCCGCAAGUACUGGACACUGUGCUGAAGACAUUUCACUCCCUGACGAAGCCUCAUUCGAUUAUGUUCCACAAGAAGAACGAGAAUAUCCGCCCCUUCGAGAACACGGAGAGCCUCGAGUUUUUGGCGAACAAGAACGAUUGCGGCCUGGUUGUGUUCGGGAGCAGCAACAAGAAGCGGCCUAAUUGCGUGACAAUUGCACGGAUCUACAAUGCCCAGCUCUUGGAUAUGUGCGAGCUCCUCCUUCUCCCUCCUGCGGACGGCGAGACCAUCCCGCCCAUCAACGAGCUGGUCAUGCACAUCGGCGUGGAGCUGCGGCCGAUGAUGCUUUUCUCGGGUAGUCCAUGGGAUGAUCCAACCUCUUCAGCCCACGUUAUGCUGAAGAACAUGUUCCUUGACCUGUUCAAGGGCGAGGAAGCCGACCGGAUCGAUGUCGAGGGCCUGCAGUAUGUGCUUAUGGUCGGUGCCGAGGAGCCCCGUGACAAUUUGUCGCCGGUGGUUCACCUGCGGUGGUACAAGGUGAUCACCAAGCGUAGUGGCCAUAAGCUGCCGCGCGUGGAGCUGGAGGAGGUCGGACCCAAGUUCGAUUUCAAGGUCGGCCGCGUGCGUCCGGCCUCCGCGGAGGCCAUGAAGGAGGCCAUGAAGCAGGGCAAGCGGCCGAAUGAAGAGAUGAAGACCAAGAAGAAUAUCACCAUGGACUCGAUCGGUGAUAAGAUUGGUCGUGUGCAUCUGGGCAAGCAGGAUCUCAAGGGCUUGCAGACUCGCAAGAUGAAGGGUCUCAAGCGUCGGGCGGGGAUAGAUGAUGAGGACGAGGGUGGGGAUGAGGAUAUGAUGGAGGUGGACGAGAUCUCCGAGGACGAGGGCCACAAGCGUGUGCGGACCGAGUAG